GGAAUAGACAGAUUUUAAGAUAAAAUGUUUGGUUAGAAAACCCAUUAUUAUAAUUUUUUGGGUUAUUUUCAUCAUAUAACAGUAUUUUUAGAAAAAAUAAAAGCUUCAAAAACAUGAGCAAUAUGGAAGUAGAAGAAACAAAUAUCAACAAUAACUCCAAACAUGAUGAAACUGAAAGCCUCAACAUCUCAAACGAUUCACUUCAAUCAGAAGACUCAACCGAUUUGAAAUAUUUCAAUGGAGUAGAAAUUUCACAGCUUACCAAAAGGCAAAUGAAAAAGUACAAAAAAUUUUUGAAUUGGGAGAAUGUAAAGAAAAUAAAGCGUGCGCAAGAAAGAAAAAAGUGUAAGGAAAAGAAAAUACAUGCCAAAUUGAACAAUAUUGAAAUUGGUCCAAGUCGCAAAGAAUUAAACAAGAAUAAGAUGGAAAAUAGCUCUUGUAAGGUUGGGAUUUGUAUUGAUUUAAGCUUUAGUGACUUAAUGAUAAACAAGGAUAUGGCUAAAACAAUUAAACAAAUAUUAAGAGUAUACACUGAAAAUAGAAGAGCAAAGGCCCCCAUGCAGUUACAUUUGACAAGUUUUAAUGGGAAAAGUAAAGAAGAAAUGGCUAGGCAUAAUGGUUAUGAAAAUUGGGAUAUAAACAUUCAUGAAAAGGAUUAUCUUGACAUUUUCCCAAAAGAAAAACUUGUUUACCUUAGCAGUGAAAGUGACAAUGUUAUUCAAAAUUUUGAUGAUGACAAAAUUUAUAUUAUUGGAGGGCUUGUUGAUCACAAUUUUCAUAAAGGUAUUUGUUUAAAAAAAGCAAAUGAACAAGGUAUUGCACAUGCUCAAUUGCCCAUAAGUGAAUAUUUUUGGAUGAAAACAAGAAAAGUUCUCACAAUUAAUCAAGUUUUUGAAAUUAUUUUGAGAAUAACGGAAGGAAAAAAUUGGAAAGAAGCAUUUGAAAUGAUUCUUCCCAAAAGAAAAGAAAAAAGGGAUAUUGAAAAGGAUGAAUUAACUGAAAUAACUGAAAUUAAAGAAUGAUCAAUUGAAUUAAGUGAAAUUAGUAAAGAAAAUGUAAAUAGUUAAUAAUUAAAUUUCUUAAAUAUA